GGAAAAUAGAGCAUCUGGCAACACUGUGUAGAAAACUCAAACGUGCUUACGUAUAGACGUUGUUGAGGAAGUGAACACGUGUAUCACGAGAGUCCACACUUAUCAGGAAGGUUUGGCCCACUUCGUGUUUCUGGUCAUUGUGAUCCUGUCUUUGGCACUUCUCUAUCAGAAUGGCAGUCAGAACAUCAUUUGAGAAGAACAAUGAAAUUGGUUGCUUUGCUAAGCUCACCAACACAUACUGCUUAGUUGCAAUAGGUGGAUCAGAAAACUUCUACAGUGUCUUUGAAGGUGAACUGUCAGAAACAAUCCCAGUGGUGCAUGCAUCUAUAGCAGGAUGCCGGAUCAUCGGGAGGAUGUGUGUGGGAAACCGUCAUGGACUUCUUGUGCCCAACAACACGACAGAUCAGGAGCUGCAGCAUAUAAGGAACUCCUUGCCAGAUGCUGUGCGCAUUCAGAGAGUAGAGGAGCGAUUGUCCGCACUCGGCAAUGUCAUCGCUUGCAACGACUAUGUGGCUCUAGUUCACCCUGACCUUGACAGGGAAACAGAAGAGAUUCUGGCUGACACGCUUAAAGUGGAGGUGUUCAGGCAGACAGUGGCUGAGCAGGUGCUUGUGGGUAGUUACUGUGCCUUCAGUAACCAGGGAGGGCUUGUGCACCCUAAAACAUCUAUUGAAGACCAAGAUGAGCUCUCAUCACUCCUGCAAGUACCUUUAGUUGCCGGUACUAUAAACCGGGGAAGUGAGGUGAUUGCAGCUGGCAUGGUGGUGAAUGAUUGGUGUGCCUUCUGUGGUUUAGAUACCACAAGCACAGAACUGUCUGUCAUUGAGAGUGUGUUCAGGCUGAGUGAGGCUCAACUGAGCACCAUAGCCACCACCAUGAGGGACUCGCUUAUUGACAGCCUCACAUAAAUUCUGCAUUUAAAAAAAAAAGUUUUGGAAAUGGGUUGAAUGCCAGACCAGGAUGUGGACAUCACCAUCAAGUGCAGCAUUUCCAUGUCAUCCUGGACACAUCUCUAGAGAUGCAUGUACACUCACUUUGUUUCACUCUCAUGUUUUGUAUUGUAUAAACUGACGUUAAAUAUAUUGGACAAAUCCAGUUUCCAACAUUAAAUUUCAUUAAAUCUGCAGAAACAAAAUGUGAGGUAAAAGUUUCCCAUGUAAAAUAGUCAUGGAUUGAAGAGUUUUAAUGUCACUUUUUGUGUUUGUGUAGUGCAGUAUCAUUAAAACUUUGGUUAACACUCA